UGGAAAGAAAAUUAUCUUUUACGAUUUUAAGAUUCUAAACAAUGGAAAACUCAAUAGGGUCUGCUUUAGAUAAAAUUAAGCUUCAAGAACAAGACACAGAAACAAAACUGAAAGAAAAACGUGAAUUAGAGGCCACUAUAUCGUGCUUUCAAAGAAACAUCAAGGAAACUUUGAUGCAAGUCGAAAAUUCGGUGAAGGAACAAAAUACGCUGGUCAAUAAAAUAUGUCUACUAAAAACGGAGCUGGAUUUUGAGAAAAUUCGCAACACUACCAUGGCGGCUCAAAUACAGAAAAUGCAAAAUGAUUUGAAGGACAUCCAAAAAAAAAUUGAUACAGGUAUAAAGAUGGUUUGGGACCAACGUUCAAAUCUAUGCGAGACCAUACAAAAUACAUCUGACAAGUACGAUGUGUGGGCUCUAUUGGUGAGACCGACAAACAUAGAAACACCGAGAGUUUUAAAGAAACCCGAACCAGAAAUAAUCUGUGGCGAUGCUAGGCUAAGAGAAGCCAUGAUGAGACGCGAUAAAGCUAUUGCCGAACGUGACCGCUUGAAGCGAGAACCCAGCACUGGAGACGAAUUUAUUAGGAUGAAAAAUGCACUCGAUUACUCGCUUCAGAAGAUUGAAAAUUUUAAAAACGUUACCAAAUAAAAGUGUCCUAGAUUAAAAUAAUGAAUGAGGAUACGUACUAAGUAUAA